GCGAGAGAGAGAGAGAGAGGACAAUCAUUGACUGUUCUGUGUGUCACUUGUAGGUGGAGCUUCCAGCCUCAUUUGCAUGCCCCGCUCCUUUAUACACAGAUAUGAUAUGAUAUAUUUCAUGGUCCGCAAUGGUGAAAAUUGACUUGGACAAGAGAGAGUGCUGCUACUUCCACAUAAACACAUGAAUACGUGGAGUAACCCUCAUCAUACAGCCCACUCACACCUACUAAUAUGCAGAGGGGGAGGAGCAGCCCCACAGAAACCCGAUGAUUCACACCUGAGGAGGCAAACAGGAAGAGCAGUAGAAGUUGUUUGGCAGCAACGGCAGCAGGAGCAGGUAGGAGACACAACACACACAGUUUCAGAGAGCCAACCAAUCCAGGGGGGCCUUCACCUCUCCACCCUAUCCCAGACCAGAUCAGACCAGUCCAGAUCAGAACCAGACCCAGACCAGAACGAAACCAGUUCAAACCAGACCAGACCAGUCCCGAUCAAGUUGUUUAAGGUGUAACGGACUGAGAGAUGAGGGGUAGGGCUCUCUGACCCCUGACACUAACAAGGUGGUGUAACCUCCAACCCCUGUGGCUCCUCCGAUGUUCUCCAGAAAGGACAGCCUUCCCUCCCCCAGCUUGGAAGACUCCUUCUUCCCCCUCUCCUCCACCUCCUCCCAUUCUCUCUCUCUCGCUUAUCCCUCCUCCCCUUCCUCCUCCUGCUGCCAGGGUGGGAGUGGCUCCAUGGGGAAGGCGGGGUUAAAGGCAGAGCUGGAGGCAGGUCUAGAGACAGAUCUGAUCCUGGCUGCUGAGUUGGGCCAGGCUCUGUUGGAGAGGAAUGAAGAGCUGGCCGAGGCACUGACACAGAGAGACAGACAUGUAGAGGUCCUGCAGCAGGAGAAGCAUGUUCUCCGGAGGAGAUUGGAGGUAUGUGAGCUGUCGUCACAACAGAGAGAGGCGGAGCUAACCUCCGAACUCUCCUCCUUACUGGCCGAGCUGGACCGACAUCACAGCCGGGGGCAGGGCCAGAAGCGGGAGGAGAACACACAGCUGACUGAGCUGGCCAAUCACAACCACCGCCUGGUGGAAGAGUUGGCAGAGGCGGUGUCAGUAGAACACUCAUUGCGUGUGGAACUCCGUUCACUCCGAGAAGAGAUGGAAGACUCCUCCCUCAGCAAAACCAUUAGUUCUACACAACUAGACAACACACAAGCAGAGAACAGGGUGUUGAAGGAGAGGCUGGGUAAUAUGGAGGAACAGUUGAGGCUGUGGCAGGAGGACUGUGAUAGGCUGAGAGGAGAGAGGGAGAGGCAGAGAGACAGACUGACAGAUCUACAGACCAAUCUGAGAGAGAGAGAAGCCCAGUUGGAGCAGGAACAGAGUGUGGUGUUUGAGUUGCGGACACUGAGCCGUUCUCUAGAGCGGAGAGUCCAGAGGCUGGAAGAGGACACCAGUCUGGACGACACACACACUCACACAUACCCUCUGUCCCUGCUCAGUGAGAUACAGCAGACUCAGGCUACAGAGACACUGUUGGCCCACUCUACCAUCCUACAAGACAAAGACCAGGAGAUAGACACACUGAGAGAAAAGCUAUGCUCCAGAGAGGCGGAGCUUGAUUCUCUGAGGGAGGAGCUACAGCCAUUCAGGAGCUGUCAAGGAAAACCCAGCUACAGCUCCCUGGAGAGCGAGGUGUGUACGGUGCGAGCGGAGAGAGACAGUCUGACCCAGCAGCUGCUGAACACCAUCCAACACAAGGUGGUGCUGUCGCAGGAGGUCGACGCAUGGCAGGAGGACAUGCGGCUGCUGAUAAGUCAGCAGGUGCAACAGCAGGCAGAGGAGAAAGAGAGAGAAAAAGAACGAGAGAAAGAGAGCAAGAGUAAGGGGCUGCAGAGAACCCGGUCCAUGAGAGUCAGAGGAGAGAGAGGGAAAGGAGGAUUCUUCUCUUCUCUCUUUAAAGGGGAUGAAUAGAGAGAUGGAGGGACAGAGAAAUGGGGGAGAGAGGGAAAGAGAGGACAGGUAUUUGAUGUAAAUAUUGAAAUAUAGAUCACAUGGUUAAACAUUAAGAUAUUUAGUUUAUACUGUAAUGUUUUACACAUUCGAAAGUCUCUCAGCCUAUCACACAAUGUUAUGCAAAUUAGUUCCUGUAUGUGAGGAUACUGGGGGAAGUUUUUGGUGAGGCGUUUGUACAGCGGGUCAGUGCUGGUGUGCACUGUCUGUGUUCAUCCAAAUAAAUUACAACUUGAUUAUUUUAUGGGAAAUCAGUGUCCUAGACUGUUUACGCUAGUCAACAAACUACAUGCGCCUGUCGGUGACCUUACAGGCUCAUUACAAUACUAUACCACGCCCAUGUAAUGUUGAGAAUGUUCUACUGUGUAUAUUUAGAAUGUUCUACUGUGCAUAUUUAGAAGGUUCUACUGUGUAUAUUUAGAAUGUUCUACUGUGCAUAUUUAGAAGGUUCUAC